AUGGAUGUUUGUGUGAAGAUCACGGAUGAAAGUUAUCAGCAGCAGCAUGUUGAUAUGAUGAGUCACAAGCAAGCCUGCAUUGACCUGGAGAAGGCAACUCUGUUCAUCACUCAGGUUUUGCAGCAUGCAGUAGGUCGAAACCGAGAGCUUUGUGUAUUGAUCCGUCGUCUGGAGCAGAAGGAUGUGGAGACUGGGCGGAGUCUAACAGAACUGGCAGAGUCAAACCACCAGCUGCAGGCGAAGAUUGAUGAACUACAGAAACGUCUGGAGGAAAAAGACCACUCCCUUACACAAGCCAACCAGAGUCAGAUGAACUUGUCUGAGGGUCCAAGGCCGCUGGAGGAUCCAGUGUCUCGUAUUAAAGAAGAGGCUCAGGAUGAUUCGGCAGUGCAGCGAACAGAACAGCCAAUAUCAUCAGCAGCAGACAUUAAAGAAGAAGAAGAGGAGGAGGAUGAUAAUGAUCAGAUUCAGCAGGUCUCGUGUGAUGGUCCGGUCUCUGGAUUUAAAGAAGAAGAUGCUGACAAUGGAGAGCUUAAUGUAGAAAAAUCGGACCUCAGAGCUGAACACCCUGUCUUUUCAGCUGAAGACAUCAAAAUUGAACUUGUCCAGGAAGAGGAGGACACAUCAUACUUGGCUACAGUGUUCAGUUCUGAGGCUGCUCCAACUGCCCCAUCCCCUGCAGAGAAGAAGCUCCACCACUUGAAACGGACAGGACUAUGCGCCUCAUCCUCCAUGGCCCCUUCAGGGAGUCCCACGUCCAGCUGGACCCUACAAAAAGAGCUGGAGGAGUCCGGAAGAUUGUCCCGUCCUCUGCGUAAACACAGCUCCCAGCUCAAGUCUUGUCAUUACUCUCUCACAGGAGAAAAGCCAUACCACUGCAAUCAGUGUGGCAAGAGUUUUCGUCAAGCGGGAACUCUCAGAGUUCACAAACAUAUUCAUACAGGAGAGAGGCCGUAUAAAUGCAUUCAGUGUGGCAAGAGUUUCAGUCAGCCGGGAAAUCUCAGAGUUCACCAACGAAUACAUACAGGACACAAGCCGUAUGAAUGCAAUCAGUGUGGCAAGAGUUUCUUUCAAGAGGGAGACCUCAAAAGACACCAGCGAAUACAUACAGGAGAGAGGCCGUACAAAUGCACUCAGUGUGGCAAGGACUUCAAUGUGAAGGGACAUCUCAAAAGACACCAGCGUGUUCACACAAAAGAGAUGCCCUACCAGUGCAGUCAGUGUGUGAAACGGACAGGAUUAUGCACCUCAUCCUCCAUGGCCCCUUCAGUGAGUCCCACGUCCAGCUGGACCCUGCAAAAAGAGCUGAAGGAGUGUGGAAGAUUGUCCCGCCCUCUGCCUAAAUACAGCUCCCAGCUCAAGUCUUGUCAUUACUCUCUCACAGGAGAGAAGCCAUACCACUGCAAUCAGUGUGGCAAGGGUUUCAGUCAAGCAGGAAAUCUCAGAGCUCACAAACGAAUUCAUACAGGAGAAAGGCCGUAUAAAUGCACUCAGUGUGGCAAGAGUUUCAGUCAAGCGGGACAUCUCAGAGCUCACAAACAUGUUCAUACAGGGGAGAAGCCAUUUAAAUGCAUUCAGUGUGGCAAGAGUUUCACCCUCGAGGGAAAUCUCAGAGUUCACCAGCGAAUACAUACCGGAGAGAGGCCAUGUAAAUGUAAUCAGUGUGGCAAGAGUUUCUCUCAAGAGGGAGCUCUCAAAAGACACCAGCGAAUACAUACAGGAGAGAGGCCGUACAAAUGCACUCAGUGUGGCAAGGACUUCAAUGUGAAGGGACAUCUCAAAAGACACCAGCGCAUUCACACAGGAGAGAGGCCGCACCAAUGCACUCACACCACUGUUCCUAGAUCAGCAUGA